UGUGUGUGCGAGUGAAAGUGUCUGUGAGUGUGUGAGUGUUUGUGUGAGUGUGUGUGUUAGUGUGAGUGUGUGUUUGUGUGAGUGUGUGUGAGUGUCUGUGUGUGAGUGUGUGUGUCAGUGUGAGUUUGUGUGUGUCAGUGUGUGUGUGUUUGUGUCGGUGUAUGUCUGUGUAAGUUUAUGAAUAUUCAUGAACCUCCACUCCACGUCUCACUUCUCUUCGCCAGACUCUCGGAGAGCCGCUCCUAAGCGAUGGGCACCACUCGGUCCACCUUUCCUCCACACUCUCCACCCUCGCGCGCCCGACCAGCCAUGCCCACAUCGCUCCUGGCAAUGGUGGUGAUGAUGGUGGCGGUGGUGGUGGCGUUCGGACCUCAGCCAGCCCUGGGUUACCCCUACGAUGAGGACUACGACGCCUAUGACGACCGUGACGGUGACCACGGUGGUGGUGGCGGUGGUGGUGGUUCCUACAACCCCUACGACCCCUACGGAGGUGGUGGAGGAGGUCACCAGUCCCACUGGACGAACGUCUACCGACAAAGGUUUUACUUCCAGUGUCCGCCCGGGCAGGUGCUGAGCGAGCUGCGUAGCGAGCACAGCGCACACCGGGACCAUGUGGACCGCCUCUGGGGCUUCCAGUGCCGGGUGGAGAGCCCAGCCAUGGUCAUGGGGGAGUGCUUCUGGGAGGAGUACAACCGGGCAGGGCUACCCUGGUACCAGCUGUGCUCGGACGGAGCCGUGGUGGCCGGAGUGCAGAGCAACUACUUUGAGGCGGUGUUGGACCGUGAGUGGCAGUUCUACUGCUGCCGAUUCCUCAAGCAAUGUCCCUACGGCAGCUGGAUGACUCAGGACGUCCCCGACUACCCGGGCCAGGAGUUGAGGUUUUCCCUCCUGCCGGAGUUUUACAUCCGCGGUGCGGCCACCACCUUCAGCCCCGUCGAGAGGGACCGGCAGUGGAAGUUCGUGGUUGCUCGUCUCGGCGACUGCCCCGAGUACUGAAGACGUCCGCACUGACACGAACAAAGCUCCCCCGUGUAGCCUCUCUCACGGGCCGUAAGGGGGCAAGUGCUGUGAGUAGCGAGCAGCAGCAGCAGCCUAUGAAGGCCGGGACGAUAUAAGGGGUGGUGGAUAGGCCAGCACCACGCACGCCCGUCCGCCUUUGUCUUCCCCAUUGCUUGAUGUUUCACACGCACCGCCCUCACCACGUACUCAUGUGAAAGGCUGAGUCGACUUAUCACUGGUGGUGGUGGU